CGCGAGUCUCUUCUCGCUGGCCACCCCUGCUAUACUGUAUAGUAUAUGCGUGCGGGUAACCCGUUAAAACCAAGUCAUUAAAUGUUAUGUAUUUUAAAUUGGACUAAUUAAAUGCAGUGAUCUACUGAUCCAUAUAUUUUUCUGCGCCAUACAUUUUGAUUAAAGAGUUUUAAAACGUUUAACUCGACUGAGGUCAAAACAGUUUGAGAGGGCAUAUUAAUAUGGUUUUGUCAAUAGUCAAGGCAUUUCGAAGGAGCUAUAUACAAACAACACUAUAGUAAAGCUAAAUGGUGUGGUCUACUGGAUGUCUGGAUAGUAUGAUAUGUAUUACAAAUAUACAUAAGCUGUAUGCUUAUUUGUUUUUAUUAUAUUUAGAUAGACGAAUACUAAUAGUUGUAACAUAUUUUUUUUUUCACUUAAUUGUAUAUGAUGGCUUACAUUUAUUUUAUGACGAGCGGCUUUUAGUAAAAAUUGUGUUAAUUUGUCGAAAAGUCAAUUACUAUUAUGAUGGCGGAAGAAGAAUUUUCUUUUAAGCGGACGUUAAUUACACAUACUCGAAGGAAAAUUGUACGCAGAUUUACAAGGUCUUUACCAAAUUUGAGGGUUUUAUCCAGAGGAUGGCAUAAAAAAAUAUUCAUCAAAGCAACUAAUAAAUUAAGAAAAAUUCAUAUGAUUUGGAAAAAUAAAAGAUACAAAAUGUCACAAGAUUUAAAACGAAAAAAACAAAUUGAACUGAAAAUGCUCGCUGAAUAUCUUUUUAAAGACAAAAAAUGCAGUUACGAAUGUAAUACACGUUGUCUGUUUUUGAUUGAGCGGUUAAAUUCAUUAGAGAAGUAUUUGAAAAUGACAUUUAUGCGCACUCUUAAUGAAAAAUACCUUUAUGGUGUUAAAGUGGUAAAAUUCGACCGGAAAGGAUACAAACGAAGAACUAGACUGUUGAUAUUGACAAACAAAUCAUUGUGUUUAAACCAAAUACUUAAAAACAAAUUAAAACCCAAAGAAAAGAUACCAUUGGAUUUUAUAAAAAAAUUAGAAGUCACUUCGGGAAGGGAUAACUUUCUACUCAUCAAAAUUUCACAAGAAUAUAAACACAAUAAGGGUGAUAUAAUUCUUGAAGUUCCAUAUCUAAUAGAAUUUGUUACUAAAUUUAUUAACAUCUCGGGCAACUAUAAGCUGUUAAAUAUAAACAGACUAGGUGUCAAUCAAACGUUAUAUCACGAUAUAAAAGGUUCAAAAAGUGGUGUUAUAGAGUUAAAGGAAGGCAAUUCCACGCCCAGUAUUACUAAAGAUAAGUACAAGAAAUUGAUCGUUUGGGGAUAAAAAUAUUAAAUGAAAUUAGUAUAUUUUACGUCCAAAACGACAUGUCAACAUCUUCUAUAUUAUUGUCUGUUAUAUAUUAUAUUUAUAUUAAAUAUUGUUGUAGGUAACUACAAUUUACGUAAUAUAAUUAACAUACUACAUAAUA